GUCGUAUACAGGAGAAAACCUUGGAAAAAGGCCGGCGGUCAUCGGCCGCGGUGUGUAUUGCCGGCGCCCAGGAAGGUUUGAAUAACAAGCACGUAGCUAGACAUGGCCAAACGAGGAGCGGACGAGGGCGUUGGCGGGGAGCCGCCGCCCAAGAAGGUGCAGUUUGAACAGAUCAAGAUCGGACCUGUAUCCACCCUGGAAGACAUUGACAUGAAAACACUUCAGUUCCAAAAUAAGAAGCUGGCUGAGCGGCUGAAGCGGCACCACCGCGCCGACCAGGAGCUGCGGGGUCGCAUCGACCAGCUGGAGAAGCGCCAGAUCCAGGAUGACGCCGUGCUCAACAUCAUCAACCGCUAUUGGAACCAGCUGAACGAGGACGUGCGCGUCCUCCUGCAGCGCUUCGACGCCGAGACCAGCGACGAGUUCGAGAGCAAAAACGAGAGCGAGGCGACCACGUCGUUCCUGACGCAGCUGUCCACCUGGGACAAGCAGGAGCUGGACGAGAAGCUGGCGCGCCGGGUGCAGGUCUCCAAGCGAGCCGUGGCCAAGAUCCUGCAGGCUUUCGACCGCGUUGUACAGCGCAACGAGAAGAUCACGCUGGCGCUGAAGGCAGAGGCCGGCGAGAACGAGGAGCCGCCAAGCGUCGACGAGGAGAUCAAGGAGAUGAACGUGGCGCUGCAGAAGGAGAACGCCAGCUUGCAUGCGCUGAAUACGGCCCUCCACGAAAAACACCACACCAUGUCUCUGAAGACGGCCGACCUGCAGGAGCGGCUGACGGCGCUGCAGACAGAGAAGGACGAGCUGGGCAACCGGCACGACGACAUGCUCUACGAGUGGGAGAAGACGCGCAACUACAACGAGAAGCUGGAGGCGCACCUGGCCGACGCCUCCGAGAAGCUGAAGUCUUAUGAGCAGCAGAUGGAGGAGCUGCGACCCGAGGACCCGGCCGCCAAGACCUCGGCGCUGGCGGGGGCCGCCGGCAGCGCCCGAAAGACGGAGAAGUCGGUCAAAAUCAGCGGCUCCGUGCAGAAAAUGAUCGAGGACCUGAACCAGGACCUGGAGGAGCAGCGGGAGCUGGCCACCAAGCGGCUGCAGGAGCUGGAAGACCUGCACCGGAAGCACAAGGACGUGCUGAAGGAGGUGGAGAAGCUGAAGAUGGACCUGCGCCAGCUGCCCGAGUCGGUGAUCGUCGAGACGCCCGAGUACAAGUGUCUGCAGUCGCAGUUCUCGGUGCUGUACAACGAGUCGGUGCAGCUGCGCAUCCAGCUGGACGAGGCCAAGCACCAGCAGCAGUCGUGCACCAGCGCCCACCUGCGUCAGAUCGAGCAGAUGGAGAGUGAGGAGCUACUCUCGCAGCGCAAACUGCGCACCAAGGAGAUCCAGCAGGAGGACGAGCUGGCGCGCGUGCGCAAGGAAUACGAGAUGCUGCGCAUCGAGUUCGAGCAGAACCUGGCGGCCAACGAGCAGACGGGUCCGAUCAACCGGGAGAUGCGGCAUCUCAUCACCAGCCUGCAGAACCACAACCAGCAGCUGAAGGGCGAGGUGCAGCGCUACCGGCGCAAGUACAAGGAGAUCAACAUCGAGCUGUUCAAGGUGCGCCGGGAGGUGGAGGAGCUGAACCAGGAGAAGUACCGGCGCACUUCGGAGCGCCAGGACUCAACCUCGUCCGACCGCGACGUCAAGGAGGAGCACGCCCAGCACGCGCACGAGGCCGGCGUCAAGGACGAGGCCGACAUCAAGAAGGAGGAGCCCGACGCGGACCAGGGCGGCUCGCAGUCGGCUGAGGCGCAGGCGGCCGGUGAGGGCGACGCGGUCAGCCGCGACCAGAAGGACAUCAAGAAGGAGAAACACACCCAUCAAGAAGGAGCAGCUCAAGCACCGCGAGCUCUCCAAGCAGGAACAGGAAUGAUCCGCGAUCUCAAGUCGCAGCUCAAGAAGUCGCUGAACGAGCAGAAGGAGAUGAAGCUGCUGCUGGACAUGUACAAGGGCGUGGGCAAGGAGCAGCGCGACAAGGUGCAGCUGAUGGCGGCCGACAAGAAGGCCCGCCAGGAGUGCGACGAGCUCCGUAUGCAGCUCAAACGGUUCCAGGAGGCGAAGCGGGAGGAGAGGAAGAAGCUGGCCGACGAGGACGCUAUCCGCAAGAUCCGUCAGCUGGAGGAGCUGAACCACGUGCUGCAGAAGCAGAUCCAGAACCAAAAGCAGGAGGCCGAGGCGCUGGUCAACGAGAUGGAGGUGACUGGCCAGGCGUUCGAGGACAUGCAGGACCAGAACAUCCGGCUCAUCCAGCAGCUGCGCGAGAAGGACGACGCCAACUUCAAGCUGAUGUCAGAACGUAUCAAGGCAAACCAGACGCAUAAGCUGGUGCUGGAGGAGAAGGACAUGAUGAGCGAGCGGGUGAAGACGCUAACGACGCAGGUGGAGGCGCAGAACCAGGUGGUGCGCAGCCUGGAGGAGAUGGAGCGGCACAUGCAGAACGACCUGGCCAACGUCAAGAAGGAGCUCAGCUUCCGUCAGCAGGCCAUGGAGAUGCACAAACGCAAGGCCAUCGAGUCGGCGCAGGCGGCGGCCGACCUCAAGCUGCACCUCGAGAAGUACCACUCGCAGAUGACGGAGGCGCAGCAGGUGGUGGCCGAGAAGACGUCGUCAAUGGAGCAGGAGACGUUCAAGACGCGCCGCCUCCAGGAGGAGAUCGCCACGCUGCGCAGGAAGCUGGAGCGUGCCAAGAAGAUCGAGCUCGCCGGCGCCGCUGACGACGUGCUCAUGGAGGAGGUGCGGGAGUAUAAGGAGCAGCUCACCUGCCCGUCGUGCAAGGUCAAGCGCAAGGACGCCGUGCUCACCAAGUGUUUCCACGUGUUCUGCUUCAGUUGCUUGCGCACGCGGUACGAGACCCGCCAGCGCAAGUGUCCCAAGUGUAACGCGGCGUUCGGUGCCAACGACUAUCACAGAUUGUACUUGGCCUAAGUGGGCAGUGGCCGCCGGACUGGCCACGCUGUGGUAGAUUGGUCUAUUUUGCCACUCUGCUGGAAUCUCCUGCCGGCCGGCCGCCGCCAGUGGAGCGCGCCCUGUCGUGGGGCGUCGGCGGGGGAGGGGGCGGGACGCACGUGAUGCGCCGGCCGGUCGUCAGGAUGACAGGGGCUGCCGCCUGGCCGAGCCGGACCGGGCGGGGUGGCCGUCCGUCGACCGGCCUCAGCUCGGCUCGGCGCAACCUCCCCGUUGCCGGGCGGAGGCGUGCGCGCCGCGCCUGCCGCCUGCUGGCGGACGCAGGACGACCCCCGACGGGCGGCGCCGACCGGCCGGCCGGUCGGGGCCGCGGCGUCGUCGUCCCGACGCUCGGCCGCGCGGACGGAUGUUCAGGGAGUCGACCGUGCGUGACAGCGUCGCGGCGGCGGCGUGAGCGCGUCCUGCGCGUGGCGCGCAUUGUGGAUGGGCGCCGCCGGCAGCGGGGCCGCGGGGCGAUCAGCUGGCAACUGCAGGGGUGGGACGCGCCCACCAAGGCUGUCCCACAGAGCCGAUCCUUCCGCCGCGCGUGACGGGCUUUUGUGGAGGACAUUCUCUGGAACUAUGCAUUCUGAUGGAAGUAUACGUGUGUGAGCGGCCGUGGGCGCCGUGUUAUUUUCUGAUGUAGUCGGUGAGUUUUACUCGGCAGGUCGCGACUCGGCACUCCCGUUCCGUCUUGACGUUGGUUGUAUCUCGUCGUUGGGACCUGUAUAGCUUCCAUGUCCACAGCACUGCAGUUGUUUGGGCUACCCGCUGGUGUACGUACCGUACCGUGUCCUGCUGUAGUGCGUCGACAGAUGCUUCUUGGGACGUCUUGCCGAAUCGCUCCCGCGUCUGCGGAUGGAGCGGGGCCGAUGUCCGUCCGGCUGGCUGGCUGGCUGGCUGGCUGCUGGGCGUGUCAGGAGGCGCGAGCGGCCGCCGCGUCCGGGUGGCUGUGUCGUUAAUAUCAAAUGCCGCGCUUGCCGGCAGAUCCACGCUCUUCUCUUGUGUCGACUGUAUACCGCUAAGCUGUGUUUCCAAUGUGAUCAGUACCACGAAGAAUAAACGCCUGCGAUGUG